AUGGAGAGGAUGAUUGAAUACAUGCCUACUGCUUGGAGGGUGUAUGGUAGAGUUCGUGGAAUUGCUCUGUCACGCGACAGAUUUCAGUUUGUGUUCCAAAGAGAGGAGGAUCUGGUGACUGUGCUGAAUGAUAGGCCUUGGUCCUACAAUCGCUGGACUAUGGUACUUGAACGUUGGACUGCAAACCCACCGGAAUAUUUUCUGCAAACUAUGUAUGUAUGGAUUCACAUCAGACACAUUCCGGUCAACUUCUUCACGGUGGAAACUAUGUUCAAACUCGCUUCAGAGGUGGGCAAGGUGAAAGAAGUUGCUUAUGAUCCGAAGGUGUCGCACACAAAGGACUAUAUCAGAGCUCUUGUGUUGUUUGAUACAAACAAUCCUGCCCGAGAGGCCCGAAAGCUCACUGUCAAAGGAGGAACAGUCACUAUUGCUUCCGAGUAUGAGAAAAUCCACAAACGGUGCUUUCACUGUCUGCGACUCACUCACGAGAAGAUCAAGUGCCCAUAUGUUCAAAAAGGAACAAACAGGACACAGAGAGCCACUGAAGCUCCUAGUAUGGAGCAGAGGGUUUCUUCACCAACAGCUGCGUUAAGCGGUCCUCCAGGUCCUCCAGGUUUUCCUGUGAUGUUCCCGGAGCUGUCUGGGGAAGAACGGAAGAUGGCAAUGCUAUACAUAUCACAUGCUGACCCAACUGAACGCUUGGCUAGGAUAGAGCGUGUCAAGCAAGGUAUUGCAGAAAAUCUGGCAGUUUCCUCCGUGCGUAUUACGCGCAUCACUAAAGAGCUAGACAAAGGAAAAGGCCAUGUCUUUUCAUACACAGAGCUCCUUCAAUCCCAGCAUGAAGGUACCAGUCUCCAAAUUGCUGCUCCGCAGACUGAUAGAGGUAAUGAGAGUGAUGCUGACUCUGAAUCCUCGGGCUCCAAAUUCUCUGCUAGCUCUGCCCCUAUAGCACAGUCGGGUUUUCAGCUUGGCCCUUCUUCGGAAGGGCGUGUCAUAGGAAAUGCAAGAGGAAGCAAGGCGCCAAGAAAACGUCCUCAAGCAUGGAAGAGAAGUGGUGUGGGCAGGGACCUGAAACAAUCUGCUCCAUCUACAUCUCCAAGUGCCUCAGAGUUGAUGCCAAGCUCAAAAAGGAAAGCUAUCUAUCCGUUGAUGGCUGCAGAACCCAAAAACAAAAGAGUUUCAGAACCUACGGUGGCUUCCAGUUUGAAGCCGCUGCCAUUCCAAUGA